AUGGCUUUCAAGCUAGCCCCUGUCCACGUUUGGGCACAAGGUUUUGCUUACGCCCUCGACAAGCACCGCAAACAGCACACCUGGAACGCACGAGACAUCACAAACGUGACCGUCUACGCCGGCCCCUCGAUCAUGGAGCCAAUGCGCUGGAUCGAGAAUCCCAUCUCACUCAUGCAGGCACAGUACAGCGUACCUUUUGGCAUCGCAGCGGCGUUGACCACGGAUGUCAACACCAAUCCUCUGCGCAUGAACGAGGCGCUGGUGUCCAACCCUACGACCCGAUGGCUUGAAGCUACUAUGAAGAAAGUCAAAAUCAGCGACGAUCCCGGAUACAUGUGGGGAUACAUGACCUUUAAUCUUAAUGGCGAGACUGUCAAUAUCACGGCUGAUACUUAUCCUGGCAUUCCUGGUGCACUGUGCUUUGAUAAGGCUGUAGAGCGCAAGUUUGCGAACGUGGCGAAGGAGCUCGGUGUAGGCGAUGAGGUCCAGGAUGUCAGGGACAAGAUUUUGGGCUUGAAGGAUGUGGAGGAUAUGUCGUUGCUGUUGAUGAUAUGGUUCACCUGGGCAAGAAGGCCGCGGCCAACUUUGCUGCACAGGAGUAGUGUGAAGGGCUCUUAG